AUGAGCUCAAUGGGAGAUGCGGAGAUGAAAUUGCCCUGGGAGCAGGGAGUCUGGAAACGCAUUUUUGCAGAUGAUGAUGAUGACGUUUUUCCAACCGUAGUGCCACCUGUGCCAGGAGAAUAUUUAUUCCCGUCACAGUCACAAGCGGCAGGCCAUGAUGAUGCGACAGCAGAGAGGCCGAACGUGGUGGCGGCCGACAGCAAGGUGACCCUUGAUGCAGGCAGAUUGGAGGAGGAGCUUGAACCAACCUCACCCUUAGGCACAGAGGCAGCACCGGCCUCAUGCCAAGUGCAGGAGCAGGAAGAGUCAAGUGACAUAGCAUCCACUAGCUCUAGCUCUGGAAGUUCUGACGAAGAUGAGGUUGCGCAGCCAGCGUGUUGGAUCCCUGGUCCAGUUUGGCGCAACAUUCGAAGUCAUGUAGUACACCGCUGUUCCUCCUUCAAGAAGCAGACAAUGUGUGGUCGACUGAUAGAUGAUGCUCAUUUUGAAUAUAUGGAGGAAGGCUGCUCAACCAUCAAUGCUCGUUGCAGCAGAUGUUUCAAGGGCGAAGUGGUGUCCAGUGUCGAAGGCCUUGUAGAGGCACUUGACCAAAGCAGGUUGAAGCGCCAGAGGGCAAAGUGA